AUGAACCGGAUUGUAGAUCAAAUUAAUUAUCCUAGUUGUGGAGUUAGUGGUGCUUCAGUUGAUGGUGCCGGAGAUGAUAGUAAUGGAAACGACUCCGACGACAGUAAUGACGACGACGAUGAUGAUGAUGCCGACAUUGACGGUGAUAGUGAUGAUGACGAUGCAUUUAUUAUAAGGAGGCAUUUUGAUAGGGAAAAAUUAAAUUUAUGCACAGCUGGAGCUAUAAACGCGUAUAUUAAUUAUAUGUAUAAAGAACCAUGUAUGGUUUCCUAUAACACAGGGAUGCGUUGGUUGACGGAGGUUUUAAGAGGUCAUUGGAAACGAAGUGUUAACAUGUUCAGGAUGGACGCAACAACUUUGUUGAGUUUGUGCACCGACUUGGAAACGCACCAUGGCUUAAAACCGUCAAGAAGAAUGAGCGUUAUUGAAAAGGUGGCAAUGUUUCUAUUUACAAUAGCAGUUGGGGCGUCAAAUAGACAAGUGCAGGAAAGAUUCCAGCAUUCAGGUGAAACUGUUAGUAGAUGUUUUAAAGAAGUGCUUAAAUCAUUACGUUUGUUUGCUGUAGAAAUCAUAAAACCAGUAGAUCCACAAUUUACGAGCACACCAAGAGAAAUUGCUAUGAAUCCAAGAUUUAUGCCACAUUUCAAGAAUUGUGUUGGUGCAAUUGAUGGAACACAUGUUCGUGCAUGCGUACCAGCUGCAAAUCAAAUUCCAUUUAUUGGAAGAAAAGGUGUACCAACACAAAAUGUAAUGGCCGCUUGUAGUUUCGACAUGCAAUUCAUGUUCGUGUGGGCAGGAUGGGAAGGCAGUGCACACGAUACUCGUAUUUUUCUGGAGGCUAUUGACAAUAGCACUAUCAACUUUCCAAAACCUCCAGAAGGAAAAUACUAUUUGGUUGAUGCUGGAUAUCCAAACGAGUAUGGAUAUUUGGGUCCCUACAAAGCGAGAGGUAUCACUUCCAAGAAUUUAGACGUCGUGGACAACCAAGUGAGGUGGAGAAUUUUGCAAAACAUGCCUGCUUAUCCAUACAAAACACAAGUUGAAAUUGUAGUUGCAUCAAUGGCACUACAUAAUUAUAUUAGAAGGAGAUCGCAAGAUGAUGCAGUUUUUUCUGAGUAUGAUCGCAACCCCAAUUUGAUUCCAGAUGACUUUUUGCCUGAUACUGUUCAGGCUUCGGCCGUUCAAGGCUCACAGAGGCCUUCACGUAUGGAUUUUGAUGAAGGUAAACCUCACACCAAGAGCCACAGCUAUGGCGCUCUCCUUCCACUCUUGCAUUUCAUCACUGAACCCUCUUCUUCUCCAGCCACAAAACCCCUCUCCAUCACUUUUAAAUUCACUACUUACUGUCCUUCUAAUCGCACAGUUCAGGUUCAUGCAGCUAAGUCUAAGAGAAAGCCCAAGCAGUUUCUUGAACAAAUUCACCAUAAAUGGUCUCUCAAACUCACUUCAACAAGAGACAAGUUUCCCUGGCAAGAACAAGAACAACAGCAACAACAACAACAAGAAGAGGAAGAGGAAGAGGAAGAGGAAGACAUAAAAGAAGUUGAUGCAGUACCAUCCGUGAGUGAUACUGUGAGUUUCAAUUUACCAAAUCGCUUAACUACACCUCCUUGGAUUCAUGGAGCCACGCCCAAACAAGCCCAUUUCGAUUAUCAACCUAGAAAAGGAGAUAACUCUAUUCAUGGGGUUUUUGAGAAUCGUGAAGAUAAUGUUGUAAAUGGGGGUUAUUUCUGUUUUCAGUUACCAGAAGCUAAGGAGAUAAAAGAUUGUUCUGUUCAUAGGUAUGCGGAGAAUCGUGAAGAAGAUAAUGCCGAAGAAGAUAGUCGUGAAGAUAAUGUUGCUAAUAAAAAAGAAAGUGUAGGAAAGAAAAUUAAUUGCAAUUUAAACAAAUUUAAGGACAAACAUUAUUAUAAUUCAGUUGAGUUACCAGGAGAUAAGGAGAAGUCAAUAGUUACGGAUUUAAAUGAUGUGGUUUCGCUCACUGAGAAACCUUUGAUGGUGACGAUGGAGAUUUUGGCAAUAUUGAGGUCUGUAAUGAUGGUCAUUGUGAUUCAUUUGAAAUUUGUCAUGCAAGGAUUCAAAUGGGUAGUUUCUGUGACUAAGAAACAACUUGGGGAUUUCGAAAACGUCGAGGUUUCUAAUAAUGGUGUUAGUAAUUCAAAUGAGUUGCCAUGGAAGCGAACAAGUGGACUAGACUCUUUGGGAGAAGAUAAGAGUAGGAAGAAGAGCAACACGGAUUUGGCAGAGAGAAUGUUGCCUGAACAUGAGUUGAAGAGGCUAAGGAAUGUGGCAUUGAGGAUGCUUGAGAGGAUAAAAGUUGGGGCCACAGGCAUUACGCAGGAUUUGGUGGAUGCCAUUCAUGAGAAGUGGAAGCUGGAUGAAGUGGUGAAGUUGAAGUUUGAAUGGCCGCUGUCAUGCAACAUGAAAAGGACACAUGAGAUUUUGGAGAGUAGAACUGGAGGUUUGAUUAUAUGGAGAUCAGGCAGUUCAGUGGUGUACAGAGGAACAACCUACAAAUUUCAAUGUGUACAGUCAUAUACCAAGCAAAAUGAGGCUGGUAUGGAUGUUCUGCAAUAUGCGGAAGAAGCAACUAAUAGUGCUACUAGCAGUGCAGGAAUGAAGGACUUGGCUAGAACUAUGGAAUCAAUUAUACCUGAUGCUGCUAAGUAUUUAAAGGAUCUAUCUCAAGAAGAACUCAUGGACUUCAGUGAACUCAACCAUUUGUUAGAUGAGUUGGGUCCACGGUAUAAAGACUGGUGUGGUCGUGAGCCAUUGCCUGUUGAUGCAGACUUGCUUCCUGCUGUGGUUCCUGGAUAUAAAUCUCCACUCAGACUUCUUCCUUAUGGGGUAAAACCUUGUUUAAGCAACAAGAAUACAACAAAUUUCCGCAGGCUUGCUAGAACAACACCUCCUCAUUUUGUGCUUGGAAGGAACAGGGAACUGCAAGGUUUGGCAAAUGCUAUGGUGAAGCUAUGGGAAAGAAGUGCUAUUGCAAAGAUAGCCAUCAAACGUGGAGUACAGUAUACACGUAAUGAGAUUAUGGCGGAAGAACUCAAGAGGUUGACAGGGGGAACACUGCUUUCUAGAAACAAGGAGUACAUCGUAUUUUACAGGGGUAAUGACUUUUUGCCACCUGUUAUUAAUGAGACACUGAAAGAGAGGAGGAAACUAGCUUUCCUCUAUCAAGAUGAAGAAGAUCAAGCCCGUCAGAUGACCUCAGCCUUUAUUGGAUCAAGUGUCAAAACUACUAAAGGCCCCUUGGUUGCUGGAACACUCGUUGAAACUGUGGCAGCUAUCUCUCGCUGGGGGAACCAACCAAGCAGUGAAGAUGUGGAGGAAAUGAUAAGAGAUUCAGCUUUGGCUAGACAUGCUUCAUUAGUGAAACAUCUCGAGAAUAAACUAGCUCAGGCAAAAGGAAAACUCAAAAAAUCUGAGAAGGAUCUGGCAAAAGUACAGGAGAAUCUGGAACCGACUGAACUCCCAACAGAUCUGGAAACCAUAAGUGAUGAGGAGAGGUUCUUGUUCCGUAAGAUUGGUCUGAGUAUGAAACCCUAUCUCUUUCUAGGGAGGCGAGGUGUCUUUGAUGGUACCAUAGAAAAUAUGCACUUGCACUGGAAGUAUCGUGAGUUGGUGAAGAUAAUUGUGGAACGAAAAGGUAUUGCACAAGUCAAGCAUAUUGCAAUUUCUUUGGAGGCUGAGAGUGGUGGUGUAUUAGUCUCUGUGGAUAGAACUACGAAAGGUUAUGCCAUAAUUGUCUAUCGUGGGAAGAAUUAUAUGCGCCCCCGGGCAAUGAGACCUGAGAAUUUAUUGACGAGGAGGCAGGCAUUGGCCAGAUCAGUGGAACUUCAGAGAUAUGAGGCUCUGAAGCAUCAUAUCACAGAUUUACAGGAAAGAAUUGAGUUGGUCACGUCUGAACUUGAGGAGAUGGAAGCUGACAAGAAAUCUGAAGUGUACAAAGCCUUGUACUCAAAGUUUGAUGAUGCUUCUAUUCUCAAUGAAGAUGAAGAGGGUGAAGAAGAGCCUAUCUUGAAAGUACAGUACCCUAACAGUGAGGAGGACAAGCUAGAAGACGUACCAGUCUAUGAUUCCAGCUGAUUGCAGCUUGAGAUAUCAGGCAUCAUAGAUUUUUUCAAAGGACAACAAGUCGUAUUUGCCAAGCAAUGGACAAGAUAACAGUGAGCAAGCAUUUGAAAGAAAGGCUUCCCAAGAUUAUAGUGCAUUGGAGUUCAAGGAAAGAGUAUCCCAUUUCUAGCAGGAAAGUAGGCGAAGUAAUCAUCUUCUCCUGCUAUCAGUGGAAAGGGUAGGAGAUAGUGCUUUCACCACCAUAUUGUGGGACGCAGGUUGGCACAACAUGUAAUAUAUCAAUGUAAAAUCUUGCCAUCGCAGUGAUCUAAUUGAGUAGAGUGCUCAUCCCUUCA